AUGGUGUUAACAGUCAACCAAAUUGAUGAGUUAAAGGUUCGAGAGAAUGGGUUUGCUAAAGGAGGGGGCAUGGGGGAUUUUCCCAAUAAUAAAUCAGCCAUGGAUUUGCCUGUCAUGUCCAUCACCACGAUUGACGAAGAGGGAGAGUCUGAAGUGGCAGCCGAGGAUGAAAAUAUCACAUUCGAAGUUUCAUAUACUCGUAACUACUGGGAGGAUGAGGAUGAUAUCUACCAGGAGUUUGAAGAACUGGACUUUGAAUCGCUGCCAGACCACACAGACACUCGGAGUAUUGCGUCAGAUGAUUCCUUCUACCCCCCAGAGUGUGCAGAUGGGACAGGGUUGGAGCGAACCCCGAGUCCAGAUAGCCCCGAGCCUAUCUCCUUCUAUAAGGCCUGCUGUAACAACAACUCCAUCAUUGUCAAGAUUAUGAUCCGCCAAGGGGUGACUGAGGAGGAAGUGGUGGAGACAGACAAGAACAGGAGAAGUGGCCUUAUUGCAGCAUGUUACCAUGGUUACAUUGAUGUCGUGAUGGCCCUGUCCCAGUGCCCGUACGUGGAUGUAAACUGGCAGGACAACGAGGGCAACACGGCACUCAUCACUGCAGCACAAGCAGGUCACGCGUUCAUCACCAACUUUUUGCUGAAUUACUUCCCUGGUCUGGACCUCGAGAGAAGGAACUGUCAUGGCUUCACCGCUCUGAUGAAAGCAGCCAUGCAGGGUCGCACCGAGUGUGUCCGCACUCUUAUGCUGGCAGGGGCAGAUGUCCAGGCCCGGGACGGUGGGCGUGGCCUGACCCCUCGUGAAUGGGCUCUGUUCACCGGACGACAUGACACGGCUAACUUCAUGAACGUGCUGAUGGCCCGGCCCUGCGCAGAGCAGUUCUGUGACUCCUUCCCUCUGGAGUGGCCCUUGUUGGAGGAGCUGGUGGCUGAAGCGGAGAAACCAAAGCCCUGUUGGAAGAAUGUGCUGAGCCUGGUCAGCUGCUGCCAUUAUAAGUUCUACAUCACCAAUAAGAUAUCCCCAGUGGACGAUGGAGUGUUGGAACACAUGGUGCGUGCCACCACCAGUAUCUGCAGUCCAUUCAUCGCCACAGCAGCCCACACAGUGAGCCCGGGCAGCCCCCCGUGCAUUGGGAAGAGGCGCUAUGCAGUACAGGAGAUCCUGAAGAGGAGGCGCCUGGCUGAGCUCAAGAGCCUGGGCCCUGAGCGGUUGAACCACUACAAGAGGUUCUUCCAGAACUCCAGGGUGCAGCUGAUCCCUCGAGCUGUGGACCGCAGGGCCAGUCUGCAGCCUCAGCUGCUGACAGAGGUGGCUGCUGCUGCCUCCUCCAUGGCCCUGAGAAGAGCCAGCCUGCUCCCUCUGCACCUACUCCGCAGAGCCAGUGUCCGGCCCGGCCUCAUCGUCCCCAAAGUGCGCCUCUGCAAGGCCUCCAAUCCCAACUACAAACCUGACAAAGUCUGCAGGAGCCGGAAUAAGAACCAGCUACAGGUGCCCAAGUGGGACUAUAAAAUGAAGAAGGUGGAGAGGAAACAGGAAGAGGAGAAAAAUAAACUUGUGCUCAACAUGAAACGCAGGUGA